AUGUGGAAAAGAAGUGAUGUGUCUUGCUGCAACUGCACUGAGAAAAAAUACCGCCAUGUUCACUGCCCUUGUGCUACCUGCAAUGGUCGUGCAACUGAUCGAAAAACUGAAAUAAGACACUGGAAAGAAGCAAAUAGAGCUGCAUCGAGAUCAUCCCAACGCCAAUGUUCGACAUCAGCCGCCCAAGAUUCUGAGUCUUUUGUCUUUGAAGUUGAGGACAGCGAUAGUGAAAUAGAAGCUGAUAAUUUUACAAUUGAAGAUAAUUUAUUACCCAAUCCAGAUACACCUGAUACAGAUGAAACAGAUACAGAUGACCAAGAUUUGAAUGCUGAUAAUGAUAAUGAUAUUGAUAAUACUAAUCAUGAUGCGAAUUCCCGCCAUUAUAAUCCCCUAAAGAGGCUUGUUGUCGAUGCCGUUUUGAAUGCACUAAAAAUACAGAAAGAAAGCGGAAUGUCAAUCAAAACAUUUGAAGAUAUUUUGGAAUUUGGCAAACGAUUAUUGUUGGAUUCAUCCUCUGAACAGGUCUUUUUUGAUAGAGACAUUUUGACUACUUUGUGGCCUAAGUCGUGGAGUGAUGUGCAAGCUCUUUUAAAAGAGGAGGGUUAUCAAGAUGCUCGAGAAUAUUUUAUUUGCUUUUGUUAUAAAACUAGGCCAAUCAAUUCAGACACUAGAAUAAAGUACACUGGCAAAUAUAGUUUAAUGACCAGCAAAGAUGAAGUCUGCUCUAACUGUGGAAAUAAAGGUGUUAUAGCAUACUAUUAUCUUGUCCUUCAAAACAAAGUUAAAAACUGGUUUCGUGAUGAAAACAUGUGCAACAAAAUGCUAUCUCACUGGAAUGAACGUGAACACUGGCUCGGAGUGGAACAAUCAUGGCCAAUCAAAAAGGAAAUGUGGGAUGGUGAGCGCUGGAAUGAGUUGCAAUGGUUUUGGGAUCCUAAUAAGACCUGGGUCAUCCCAUGCCGUUGUGAGCAUUGUGGUAUUCCCAUACCAGCAAAGCAUUUGAUUGAAUCACAGGAUGCUGUUACAGCUGGUAAAAAGCUUGUGGAAUGCCCAGAAUGUCUGGAAUCUUUUGAACACUCUCUCAAGACAACUAAUGGUUCUCCAAUAAACAUUGCUCUCAUUGGUCAUUGGGAUGGGUGGCAAGCCUUCAGUUCCAGCACACGAAGUUGUGGAUCUUUGGAGGUCUCAAUUGCAAAUAUGAAGAAGGCAGAUAGAAGUCACACCAGUGAAGUUUACGUAGUUGGAUUUGUCCCAUUGUCUUCUACUCCAAAACUACCAGAAACAUAUGAUCCAUUUUUGCAACCACUCAUGGAAGACAUUUGUGAAGGUUUUAUCAAUGGCUUUGAAGUCAGGUUACCACAAGAGCCUAACAUGAAAAGAGUGCGUGUUUUGUUGCUCUGUUGGUCUGGGGAUCAUCCAGGGCAGUGUGAGGUGGGGAAGCUAUUAAACCAAGGUAAAUGUGCUUGCCGCAGGUGCAAGCUUGUUGGGCAACAUUUGCCAAUGAAUGAGUCAAAUAACCAUAUGUACUAUGGAGAUAACCGAAUUCAUUACAGACAUAAGUGGGAAAGUCGUGACAUUUCUCUCAUGCUAACAGACCUUUAUGAUGUUGAGGCAGAGUCAAGGAUCAGUGUUCGAAAAAGAAUGUCUUCUGAGAAAGGUGUCACAGGGAUAAGCCUUCUCCAUAAAUAUUUAUAUCCUCUUUACAAUUUUGACAUUCUCAAAGAUUUAACAUUUGAUGUGUUUCAUACUGUGUGUCUUAAUGUUGUGAAAAGUCAAGCAGAGAGGAUCCUGGAUCAUGAGUUAGUGGAUAAGAAAUCCCUUGACCGAGAAAUAAAGAACUUUCCAUGGCCAAGAGAGCUCAAAUGUGGCCGACUUCCCAAGUCAAUCCAAAGUUAUAAUGGAUCUUUGGGACAGUGGAAAGCUGAGGGCCUACAAAAGUUUUCAUUUCCAAUGGCAGAUUGUGUUCUUGAUAGCAAGUUGGAAUCACCAAAAGAGCAGGAAAUACAACAUUUGAUAUCAAGAUUAACAGAAUUGCAUUUUAAUAGUGGACGGUAUGGCUGGACAAAUAGUAUGAUUGGAGCGCACCACCGGUUGGCAUGGCGCUUAAAUAUACUCAUAGAAGAAACUCAAGGCCUGGAAAUGUGUACAAUUUCUGUACAUAAUCUUCUUCACAUCCAUGAAGACAUCAUCAGAUUCUCGGCUACUGACAAUUAUUGGUGUGCAGUGUUCGAAAGAGCCGUAAAGGGUUACACAAAGACUGCUAGCAAUUGUAGGGGAGUUGAAAAGACAUUUGCAUUGGCAGAGUCAAGGAGGGAAUUCCUCAAACCAUACUCAACUCAAGAAAUAGGAGAGCAAGGAAAGAUAAACAUGAAAGUGGGUAUUGCAAGCUCUAUUGAGACAGCAAGGAUGGCUGUUUUCAGAAAUGAUGUACCAUCUCAGUCAUUUCUUCUUGGAGCUAUGGAUAACAUGACCCUGCUGGAAAGGGAUGAAAGGAUAAAAGUAGCACAUACUUUAAAUGUUCCUCUCCAAAAAAUUCCACAAUUUUCUUUCUCAUCAAAGAAAUGUUUCCUCCCAGACAAAGGCUAUGAAGGGACAGUUUGUUCUUCUGGAGAGUCAGUGGUUGUAAUGCUUGAACAAAAUGAAAUAGUGAUGAAACUAGAUAAAUUUCUGUCUGUGAAAGACAACACAGAGUCUUACAAACUGCUUGCAAAGGGAUACCUCUUUUGCAAUGUUUACACAGACAAUGGCCAGACAGUAAAACACUUUUGGAGUGGAUUUACUUAUGUAGAAAGCAAUCCAGAGAGAGUACCCCAUUUCUGUACUGCUGACAAUAUUUUAAGAAAAGUUAUUAUCUAUAGCUCAAGUGAUGAUACAUCAAAUUCUGUUUCAACUGUAGUUGAAUACCAGAGGCACCAGGAGAAACUUCCAUUUGACAUUAUUGUGCCCAUUUAUCCAGAGCAAGGAGAUAUGUUGCUGGUGCAAGGUGCAGAAGUUGGUGACGUAUGGUAUGGAUAUGCCCGCAAUGUUGACUAUGCACGCAGAACUGUCGACGUGUAUUUCUUUGUAGAGAGCCCUAGAAUGCCAAACACUUUUAUCCGUGAGACGAUUGGACACGCUGCAAAAAAUGUUGUUCCCUGGAACUCAUUGUUGGGAAUUGCAGAUGGAUUCUGGCCCAGUCCGUCACAUUGGAGAAAGGCAGUGUAAAUUUCUAACAAAGAAAUUGAGAGAAUAUUUGUUUUCUUACAUUGCACACACUUUAUUAUGCCAUCAUAUGGACUUAUUACAUUGUACUAUAAUAGCCUAGUAUAGCCUGCCACAUAUAGAUAUACAUGUAAAGUAACACCAAUCUUUCCUGUCAAAAUCUGCACACAGGUUAUAUUAAUUACAUUGCAGUGUAGAAUGUACUAUAGAACCAAACCAGUGCAGAUCCAUAAGUGGCUCUUUCCUCUCUGUGCAUAUGAAAAUAUCUAAGUGUUAGUAACACUAAUGUACAGUAAUACAAUCAAUAUAAUUAUCAAAAUACUAA